GGAGCGGGGCGCGGCACCCGCGCUCGGGGCAUCGCCCUGGGGCCGCGGGGUCGCCGCCGCCGGUGCCACGGCGGUGCCCCGCGCGUGGGGAAGUUUUGAUUGCGGUCCCGCCGGUGAUGCUCGGGAAUGCGGCGGCAGGCGAGUGCUUUUGCAGGCAGGCGUGGGGAAGGAGCGCUGCUCUGCUCGGCUCCUUCUGCUGCCUCCGCUGCACCAUCCUUCCUACUAUUCUUAUAUAUACAUAUUUAAUUUAAUUUAUAUAUUUAUUUUUUUUACGGUGCUAUAAAACUUGCUUGAAACUGGUCUUCACGUACGGCUCAGUUGUCUGGGCCUAGCACCUUGGUAAUCUCACCUGUGUGGAAAACUCUGGUCUAUCCCUCAGGCCCUGAGGUAGCAGGGAACUUUCCGCAGAGAUGGUGACAGGCUGCUCGGAGCCCCCUGUGUCCCCCCCAUCCUCUCCUCUGCCUCCUCCUUCCAGGCACACGGCGCACCGCUUCAGCUCUAAGAUACGUGCCUGCCCCCGGGGACGUGGAGACUCCAGCACCUCCCGCCCCCUAUAGCCCUUCCGAAAUAAGGUGUGUUCCCUGGUCUCUGUGUGGAGAGGAAACAAAUUGCAUAUGACAGAUGCUACUCACAUCACUUAGCGCAUUGCCGGGGAGCACCAGGAGGUGCUGCAUUAAGGGCAGCAGGAGAAACUACCAAGUGCAAGAUGUUCAGACUCAUCUGUUGAUCAGGUGUCAAUGCCUCCUUUCAAGUAAUGCUAAACUUUAGAGCAGCCUGAUCGGUUGUGGUUUACAGAGGUCCACAUGGCAAUUUUCUUAAGGUCUGGCCUUUAAUGCAGACACUCUCUAAGCAGUUUUGCAAGGCUCAGCUCAGCAGUGAGCAGCCCACAGCUUUGAGACAGCUGGGCCACCUUCACUGCUGGGAAACUGGGAAACUUGCUGCAAGAGGUCCCUGAGACAGAGGGAGGGCAGUAAGAAAAGAUGGGAUCUCCCAUGAGAAGACCAGAGAUGUCUCAGCAAAGUCUAGAUGAAACCUCCUCACAGUCAGGAUCUGGGUGGAGUCUGCUGCUUGGGUGGCUGUGCCGAGUUGUUGCUGUCCUGCGAGGCAUAGCAGGCUUUCCCCUCUACCCAGGACCUGUUUAGAAACAAGUCUUGUGAUGGAUAACUGAACUUUUCACAAAUGCCUCAGCCUCAAAUGCACCCUGCAUUCCUGUCCUCAGAAAAUGUUUGGGAGUUUGAGUCUCAUGCAUUAACUGUAAAUUGCACCUGCUGACUUCAAAGAGAUGAAUUAUGCAAAAAAAAAAUAAAUUACUAGCAUUAAAUUGAAAGAAAUAAUCUCAGCUUUCAUAUGUUACCCUAUUGAUUCGUUUUUUGUCCUUUUCCCAAUUUGGAAAGCAAGUUCAAUUAUUUUCAGCUUCUCAGUGCUACAGGUUUUUUUGCCUGCAGUCAUUGCAAAGGUGUAAAUGUCUAUGGAGUUACUGGACUUGCUCCAGUUAAAGGCAUAUAAGUGGUGAAGUCCUUCUGUUGAUGUGAUGUCACUGCAAAAACAUACAACAAUAAUCAGAUAUAAGGUUAAAAUUGAAGGAGUAUUUAAUUAUCCUUUUAAGCAGAAAGAUUGACUCAAUAUUUAAUUUUGUUGUUGUUGUUGUUGUUGUUGUUAUUGUUGUUGUUGUUGUUGAGGGCACCCAGGGGUGGUGGCAUUGGACAGAACUAGGUGUGCAAACACACUUUUCCAUGAAAUAUUUAUCUGCACUAGUGUAAUGGUUUUUCUUGCAAUUUCCUUUAAGACUUCAUAAUUACCUGAAUGAAACACCUAUGUCUCAAGCUUGGCUUUUUUUUUUUUUUUUUUUCAUUUUGUCUAUGGAAGAGUCUUUAGAAGAUGGUGGUAGAUGAAAAUAGCUGUGGUACACAGUUAUUUCUGUGGUACACAGCAUGGCCGUAUUUUUCGGUGGUUCUUGAGUUCGAAAAGAAAACACUGUAAGACAUACACCCAGGAAAGCUGAAAUUACAUUGGGAGAUUUUUUUCUAAACAACAUUUGCAGAAGAUUAGUAAGUGUGUUUCUGCACUUGGCUGCCAAGUAUGGUUAGGAAGAGUGAUUUUUAAAAUUUUUUUUCCCCUUUCUGAGAUUUUAGACUGGUUUAGAAGAUAGAAGAAAAAUGAGGGGUCAUAUGCAAAGUGAUUCCUAAAUUAAAAGUAAGAUUUAAAACUAGAAGGAUCUUUAACUGUAUAAGUGUAUAAUCAGGCAAAAUACUUAAUGCCAAGAAAAUGAAAAUUAUUGGGGGAAAAAAAAAAGACCUUGGAGGUAAUUUCAUCAUUCUCACACUUUAUACCUACAAUAAAAUAAAAUUAGACUUCAUAGUGAUAUUUAAGUCAAUUAUUAUAGUGCCAAUUUUCUUAUGUUGCUUUGCAAUUUGUAGAAUAACAAUUGUUCUUUGUAAAUGGCUCCAGUUGCCCAUUUUCUGGGCCUAUUAUAUCCAUGUUUAAUGGUCUUGGGCCAAGGGCAGCAUCUAUGUUUUCCCUCUAAAACAUUAUAAGUAUAACAAUUUUUUGUGGAAAUAAUAUUUUCCCAGGAGAAAUCUAGGGAAAGAUAGGUGGGAAUUCUCUUUAGAGCUUUGAAACCAAACCUGGGAUUGCUAAUCAAUCCUCCUAUGUCUCCAGAAAUAGCAUCCUGCAAAUUGUCAAAUGUGGUAGAAAUCACACAUCGGGUACAGUCAGAGUGCAGAACUGACGUGUUUUUUAACUGCAUAGUGUUUGGAUCCUGUGACACAGAAUUGCAACAGGUGAGAUUUCAGUGUGUUACAGUCCACUGCAGAUGGAUCUUGCAAGACCAGGGGGUGAGGGUGCCUGGCUGUAGUGGAUUAAUGCAACAGCAGGUCUACAACUCCUCACAUGACUUUUUGGAGUUGCCCUCCUGUGGGUCUGAGGUUCUCACAGCUGAAACACUUUUGGCCUUGCAGCACCCUUGUCCUACCCACCCGUGCUUCCCAGCCCUGUGUCAGGCCCUCAGCCUUAGAAAGGGAGUAUACUGUGUCAGUCCCUUGCCCUUCCAUGCUUUUACAGUUUUUUUUUUGGAACAGAUUGCCAUUUGUGUCAAGCUGUGUGGUUUUGUGACGUGUAGCUAAAUCAUUUUGCUCACGACCUGACCUUGGUCCCCAGCAGUAGGCACAGAUGCAUUAACCACUUAUUUUUGAAGUGGGCAUCAUUCCCUUAUUUUGGAAACCAAUUCUUUAUAUUUGUCUCUUCAGUAUUGCCUAAACUGCAAAUUUCUUUUUAUAAGAUUCUGUUCUCAAGGGAUCUCAGAGUGCCUCAGGAGCAGCUAUAUUUAGUUGCUCAGUAGUAAUAUGGAUAUACAAAGUAUGGUAUAAACAACUCUUUAACUUAGGAAACUUAGGAAUUAUUUUUCCUGCCUUCCUGGGGGAGUAGUGUUUUUAUUCUUGUACCAAUAAUACAGAUGGAGAAAGCAAGACUCAGAGAGACCUCGUGACCCACUGAAGGUCAGUGGAUGCUGGUAGUAAUCUUGAGUGUCUUGGAACAAACUGUAACCACAGGAGGAUGCUUAAAUUUAUGCAGCAGGUUAAGCAAUAAUGUAAUGGUCCUCUUUAGGGAUGUUCACUACUAAAUUGUGGUGAGUCAUCUAUAUUUAGAAGGAUGCUACUAUCAUCGUGCUUUUUAAGUAAAGUGCUUUUAACACAGUUUAUUUCAAGGAGAAGUGCAUGCACUGAAAAUCUGUUCUUUGUAGUUUCCUCCUUGUGGAACAUUAAUGCUGCCCUCCCUAUUGUAAGUGUUCAGAGAAAAAUUUAGCUCCUGGUUGUUUAACAGAGAGCAGGGUAGCAAAGACAGUUCUCUGGUUAUUACUACCUUGUGUUUGCACAGUUAUUUAUGAACAUUACCUAACUGAGAAUCUCCAAACUUACUUUGUGAGGGCAGUCAGUUUGAUUUACAGCAUGGAAAACUGAUGUGUGCAGGGAUGAAAUUAUUUUCUUGCUGUCAGAUAGGACAUUUGCUCAGCCUCUCCUUUAUAGAAGUCACAAUUACAGGGCUUCUGGUCAUAUGCCUCCCUACUUUAUUCUUGCAACUGUUUCAUGCCUUGUGCACCAGGGAGAAAGCACAACAUUUUUAACUGUGCAGAGUGAACUUUUAAGGGUUUUUUUCUUAGAAGUUUUCAUCUCUUUGGUUUUGGAUGUCACUUGUGUCCUGGCUUCUGCCUUUUUUUUCACUGCUUGAGUUGGGCUGCUCUAUUUCAUCAGGAUUGAGGAAUUUGGUUUCAUUCUAAAUGGAAGUGGAAGUCAAAUGCUUUGAUGGUUUUGAAAGGAAAUUUUUGAGAGAAAUUCCAUCUUAGGACACUGAUAUUUUGUCUCUUUGUGUAGUUGUAUUGUUAUAAUACAAGGAAGUACCCUAAGCAAAAAGACAUUUUGAUGUGAAAAGUCAAAAUUUUUCAUACCAAAGAUGCUUAAAUUGGAUGUUUCUGUAUUUUUGAUUUUUCCCCCCCCAUUUUUCUUUUGAAACACAGUUAUGAUUUUACAAAACAUCCCAUGUUUGAUAAGUUUCAGUUUAGUGGAAGUAAAUUCAGUAAAGCUUUAGUGGUUGCUGCUUUUUAUUUUUACAGGGCAUUUUAAAAGAACAGAGAUAAAAACCAACUUGCCACACUUGGUUGUACCUGUGCAGUCUCUGCCCAUUAUUUUUGCCAUCUUGACACAUGUAUGCAGACACCAUGGACACACAUAUGUGGCACUGCUCUUGUCCUUUCCUUAUUCAUUGUGCUGUAGAGCAUUGUACUGAAAAAGUCAAGUUUCUAUUUAAGAAAUACAGCAAAUAUUUGUUAGUAUUUGUUUUCCCUUCUGGAACAGUCACUGGAGAAAUCAGAACAGGACUAGCAGGUUGAGCUUAGUCCCUCAUUAUUUGUGCAUGUGCAGAGCCACAGCUCUCCUCCUGGCAGCAUAGCAGUACUUGUACAUUUGCAUCUCUGCAUGAAGCUAAUUUCAAGUGUAAUUUUGGUAUUAUGCUGAUCAGAUUGCUUAUUUAGGGACAAAAACUUGUGCAGUUAUUUUCUCAUACUCUCAUGAGCCAACCUAACUAUGAGAACAUGAGCUUCUGCUUCACCAGCAUCAGCAGGAGAAAGCCAAUGUCUGAACUCCAGUUACUCCAGUUACCUCUGAGCUUUGAUUUUACCAGGAAUGCUGAAGCCAGGAGUGUUGUUUGUGGGGAGGCAAUGGCACCCUGUUUACAAUCUGUGGUGCAUUUCUGCAGCAGCCUGUCAAAGCAGUCCUGGGCCAGGUCAGCCCGCUGGCCUCUGCUGCCAUGGCCAAAUCUGGAUGCUCCAAUGGGAGGUGCCAAAACCUCCUCAGUGAGAAAUUGGUGCCAAACAUUUAGCAUAGAGGAGCCUGGUGUCAUGUCUGUGCUACAGGUUGCUCUAGGAGUAGGCUGGUAUAUGCAUUGCUCUGGACUUCAAUGCCUACAAAACCCAAUUUUCUCUUAAUUUUAGGGUAUGAGCACACUCUACUUCCUUGCCAUAAAAUGAAUUAAGUCAUAUGUAUUCCUUCUACCAAUGCAGAGUGAAUAAAGCAUCCAUCUCCUCCCCUUCUUCAGGCAAACCCCACCACUCACAAAGCAGCAGACGUAAAACUUCCCCCUUGCCAGGGGCCAGGUUGAGCUGGGCUAAGCGAGCCCCCUGGUGCCGUGUCCUCAGCUGGUGUCCCGCAGGGUGGGUGUGCAGUGGCCUGGACACACCAACCCCUCGGCCUCCUGAGCAGAGGGGCUGUGGGUGGGCUGCAGGCUCAGCUCUCCCCCUGCCCAGCACAUUAACAGCUCUGCCAGGAGUGGGUGGGUUGGCACACCCUCUCUGCAGGCCCACUGGGGGAAUUACUUCCUAAUCCCCACUAAUUAGAAGUUGGCUAGUGCCUGGAAGCAUGAGGGUACAGUGAUGUUACGUUUUUUCCAUUCUAUUUUUUGGGUCUUUUUGUUUUUUGUUCUACCUGAUACCAGAUGUAUCCUACAUCUGUGUAUGUUCCCAAUAUCCUUAUAAAUGCAUGGGCCCCUGUGAUUUCUGCUGAGCUUCUGACUUGACUAUAACAUGGGCUAAUCAUUCCUGAAAGUUAAUUAUUGCCUGUGCUUAGAAGAAGUAGAAAAAGUAAAAACAGAAAAGGAAAAUGACAAUAUUUUCCUUAUGUCUAGUCAUGUUUCCUGCUCUUCAGUUAUGCUGAACAACCUUUUUUUUUUCUCUUGAAGAAACAGACACAAAAAGCCCACAAGCAAACAAAACUCACUGAGAUGUACCUGUUUCACUUCUUCAUUCCCAUUUGAUAAUUUCUAUUUAACUCAUCUCCAAGUUAAUUUGUCCCAGUUUUAAUAGUGUUUGACCGUUAAGUGUUUUUGACUGUUCAAUGACAAAACCUCUCUCUGCCUUCUGCAUUUUCAAAUGUGCCACGCAGAAGUAACCACAGCAAUUCCAGCUGAGGGUGCACUUUCAGUAUUCAUGGUGGCAUUAGAAUACUUCCAGCAUCCUUCUUUUCAGCCUCUGCCUUUAGACACCCUGACAGCUUGCUUGCUUCUUUGACCACCGUUGUAUGUUGAACAGAUGUUUUCAUUGAGCCGUUCACAGUGAUACCAAGAUAUUUUUCUCAAGCGAUUACAUUUGAAUUAGAGCCCCAUGGUAUAUGAGUAGUUCAGAUUAUUCUCUCAAGUUCUUAUUACUGUCCGUUUGGUAAUGUUGAAUUUCAUCCUGCAUUAUGCUGCCCACUUGCUGAGCUUUGUCAGAUCCCUUGGAAGUCUCUCUCAAUCUUCUUUUGUCUCAGCCAGCUCAAAUCACUUUGCCAGCUUCCUGUCUCUCUUCCAGAUAUUAAGGAAUAGAUUAAACCACCCCAGAACUGGUUAGAAACCUGGGGGUAAUCCCUUGUAAUCAGGGCCAGAGCGAGGGCAGAGGCAGAGGGGCUCCCAUGCCUCUGAGCCUGGGCACUGCGGAGUGGGGCAGCAGCUCUGGACUCAGCCUGACCUCAGCUGGCCUGAACCCCACUGGGGGCAAGGCAAGGGGAGAAGUUCCCAUGCCAGGGAAGCAGGGGACAGGUCUGGCAGUGGACUGGCGUCCUGCCCAGAACGGUUUAGCAGGUGCGCUUUGAAGUGACAGAAAAUUAAUUACUUAGUACUGUCCUUUUCCUUCCAAAAUUAGAGUAGAUUGCAGGGCCAUAAGUUUCCCUGAGCAGAGAUCAAGGUGGUUUGUCUCUUAUUAUGUACUUUUAUGGGCUUAGAGUACUGGGCUGGUUUAACCAACCCUGCUGACACUUCCAGGUUAGCCUGUAGCCUCCGUUAUGAAGAGCACGCUAACUUCAAGAACCACCUGACCUAGCAAGACUUUGCUGGUCUUUGCUAGUUACAACCACUUGAGAAAUUUCUUUCUUCAACUGUUCUGCACUUCUGGACUUGUCUCUUAAAUGUACUGAAGUGAUUGGGUUUUGGCUUUUGCAGUUGGCCUUCAGUUUUGUUUUCAGUCCCAUCUACCAUUUUAUGAGGCAACUGUUUAGACUGAAUCACUUCUUGUUUCUGUUGUUUGGCCAUACAAUGUGUUCUCUUGCUUCUCAGCAGUUUUUUGUUUAGAGCACUGAGUACCUUCUCAAUGAUGAUGUUGAGAUUGCUUCAAUACACCACAGUACAGUGUAACAAUUUUAGUUCCGCUGCUUUUGGAGUUAGGCUGUUUUGACUCUUUCUGCUUCAAAUUGUUUCUUCUAACAAGUAAGAGGCACAAUGCAAAAUUCAGCUACUGUAUUUCUCACAGGGAUGUUAACUUUGAUUGUGUAGCAGUCACUGUUACUUUGUAUCUUUAUAUCAAUUGCAGGAUUUUCGCUUCUAAGUGCGCUGGGACAGGUUGUUCCAAGUCCUACUUAUGCUCUUUUAGACACUGCAGAAUUGUAGCCUGCUGUGACUCUUAGCUAAUUCCUGCACAUGUUGCUGAAGUCACUAUUUUUUUCUGUUUUUUUUUGACUUUGUUCCUUUGCUCUCACUCCACACCAUGCAGUAGAUAUUCUUUACCUGAUCAGGAGACCAUUGGGAAAUACAGGUUGCUUUGGUGAGAGGUUUUUUUUUUUUUUUAGUUAACUUUUCUCCCUCUUUAGCCUUGGCUAUCUAGUUGAGAUUUGUGAAUCACCCAUCCUGCAGUCUGAUGUAUCUGACUCUUUACCCACAAAGGUAAACAUUUCCAGGAAGGGCAUGAGUCUGUGAUGAAUUCUGCAGCUGUGGACACACAGACUGCAAGGCAUGUUGGACGCUGUGUUGGUUGGUAUGGCUGUACAAAGAGGUUGUUGCAUCAUGUUGUAGGGGCUGGUUCACUGCAUCGAACCUGAAGUGCUUCUUGGAGUUUUUGCUCCAGCUGCACACCACCUGCUCUGAUCUGUGCUCCCAUGUGGUCUAUCAGCAUUAGCUGCACUCUGGAAUGUUUGGUUUGGAGGUGAUAAUCUCAGCAAACGCAGCCCUGCUUCUUGGUUAAAGGGUCCCAGGGAGGUCCUGCAAGGAAUGCAUCACUAACGCUGCUGCCUCUCACUGCCUGUGCCAGUGAAGGGGGCCUGGAGCUCCCCUUGGGGAAGGAGACAGGGACGGGUGGAAGAUGGGUUGCUUUAGUGAAGCAGAAGGUGAUGGAGGGCUUCUGCAGGGCACUGCUGAGCAUGUGUGACUUCUGGGCUGCUUCCAUAGCUAACUAUGUGGUUGAUCUUCACUGUUUGAUGGGGUUUGUUGUCUUAUCCUCUCCAUUGGUUGUGGAGCUGCUCGUGUGCAGACCUACUUGGCUUUCUGGCUGUGUGAGCUAGUGACUCGGAGAGGUUGGGAGGACCUUGGCUACUUGGCAGAGGGACAGAAUGGCCUCAGUCUGUCUGCAGAAUCGUCAUGUCCUUGGCUUGUCAAGGGCAGCCCUUCCUUUUGCCCCUGAAACAGCUGCUGCGCCCUGGGCCCUUAUUACGGGACUCAUCCGCAAUCAGCGCCUCCCUCUCCUGUGCUGGAAAUGCCUCGGACACGGGGAGCAGGCUUGUGCAUCUCAGCUGCAGCAAGGCUGUGCUUUGCUUGUGCUUUGGGAAAUGCUCCGUGCUAGCUCUACUGUAGCUUUUUUGCAUAGUUUCAUCUGUUCUGGCUGCUUUCACCCUUAUUCCCAGUGGCUGUUUUGCCUUUUUUUUGCCUUUUUUUUUUUUUUUUCUUUUGCAAGACUUCAUUUCAGAUGCCACAUUGACAGCAGUGUCUGUUUAUGCACAGAAUAGGUACAGCACAGGCAGGCUUCUCCCACCCCCUGGUCCCUAUCCUCCAGCCCUCCCGCAUUACGUGCCCCGUCCCCCACGGCUUCACCCUCGCUGGGAGCUCCAGCUCUCAGCUCACAGCGAGGGCAUCGCUGCAGGUGAAGGGGGGGAGCUGAGGCAUCCCACCGCCACCGGCUUGUGUUGCAUCCUAAUUGCAAAUAGCCCUUCCGGCGUCAGCAGUUUGUGGGAAUAAUUGACAGGAGGUGCCGGCGAGGUGCUGAGUCAGAGCGAGGUGUGCUUGCCAAGUCACUGCAGCAGAAGGAGUCCGAUCGCCUCGUGUGGAGGGAAGCCAAUGGACGGUCUGGUGUGUCCUCUGGAGGUGUCAGUCAGUUCAGGGAGUAUCCAGGUUGCCCGAGGCCAGACAGCAGUGUUGCCCUGCACCUUCACCACUAACGCUGCUCUCACUAACCUUAAUGUCAUCUGGAUGGUCAUUCCUCUUUCCAACGCCAACCAGCCUCAACAGGUUAUUCUCUACCAAGGGGGUCAGAUCUUUGGUGGUGCACCCCAGUUCUAUGGGCGAGUGGGGUUUGCUGUGACAAUGCCAACCACCAGUGCCUCCAUCUUCAUCAACAACACUCAGCUAUCGGAUACUGGCACCUACCAGUGUUUGGUCAACAAUCUUCCUGACCGAGGCGUCAGGAAUAUUGGAGUCAUUGGACUUACUGUCUUGGUUCCUCCUUCUGCCCCGCUUUGCAGAAUCCAGGGGUCCCUGGACGUGGGCAGCGAUAUCACACUGACCUGCAGCUCGGAAGAAGGCAUCCCCCGGCCAACAUACCUCUGGGAGAAACUGGACAAUGUCCCCAAGUUGCCCCCAACUGCCACACAAGACCAAGUCCAGGGCACUGUCACUCUCCGAAAUAUCAGCACUGUGUCCUCAGGUCUUUACCAAUGUGUGGCUUCAAAUGCCAUUGGAACCAGCACUUGCCUUCUGGACCUGCAAGUCAUCGCACCUCACCCACGGAGUAUCGGCCUGAUUGCAGGAGCAGUGGCCACAGGUGCUGUUGUGCUCGUUGUUUGCAUUGUGUUGGUGGCUGUAGCACUGUUCUACUGGAAAAAUAAACACAAAGAAGAAGAAGAGGAGGAAAUUCCCAACGAGAUAAGGGAGGAUGACCUGCCACCCAAAUGCUCCUCUGCCGCAAAGACGUUCCAUGCUGAUGCAUCCUCAUCAGAGAACGACACCCUCACCUCCUCCAACACCUACAACAGCCGCUACUGGAACGACCCCAAAGCCAACCACGCCACAGACUCCUUCACCCGCUUCAGCAACAGCAACGAUGCUCACCAGCCCCCCUUCUCCCGCUCAGGGAGCACGAGUGCCCGCCCCAUCUAUGCCAAUGGUGGCCACCCAUCCCCGGCUCCCCCUAAGACACUGGUGGUGACGGCCAGCACGGCGCCGUCACCUCAGGAGGUGAUCCGGAGCAAUGGCUCAGUCAGCAGGAAGCCACGGCUGCCGCACACCCGUUCCUAUGCAGUCAGCCAGGCCACGCUGGAGCGUAUCGGGGCUGUCCCCGUCAUGGUGCCCGCCCAGAGCCGGGCUGGCUCCCUGGUGUAGGACCGUGUUGGUGGCUGAGAGCUGAGCAAGGGGCCUCUCGUCCCCAAUGGGGUGAAGAGACCCUACUCCUUUCUGAAAGGCAGCGAGGCAGUGGGGGGGUCACACACUUACCUCUCCACCUGCCCUCCCCUCUCAAGGCUGCUGCCAGCUGGUGGGACAGCCCUGGCCAAGCCGCUUUCCCCCCAGCUGCUGGAGCUCCUUGUGCCAAUGGACGCCACAGACGUGCCAAGGCCAGAGGAGCAGGAAGGCCGGGACAUGCUCCCGGGCUGCUGGGCCCCAACUGGCACAUGCACUCGGGCCUGACCCUGGGGGAACUUUUGCUUUUAUUUCCUGUUGGUUUUGUUGGGGACUGAUUCCAUCCAUUUGGGUCUUUCAGGGAGGUUGGGGAGAUAUAUAUAUAUAUAUUAUUUUUUUCCAUUGUUGUUGCUGUUUUGUUUCCAAGAGGAUGAUGACCUGUGUUGGGGCAGGGAAGGCUGCGCAGCCCCAGCUUCCCAUGGCCCUGGCUCCGCUGUUGGAUUAGGGAGUACUGUGCACUGGGGCUGGGUGUGGGGAGGCAUGGGACAGGCUGGAGGGGAGAGAUGAAGGCACAGCCACCAGCCCAGGCAAGGGGAUGGUUGGUUGAGGGUGUGGACCAGGAAGCAUUUGUCUUUAUUUUUGCAGUUCUUCCCCCCACCUCAGCACACACAGACACACACACACACAGACACAAGCAGAUCCUCAGACUGGGUGUUUCUCCUGCACUAGGCUGGAGUGCCACCAGAGCCCUAUUUAUAGCUGUGGAGUUUGCAGCUGUCUGAGCAUCUUUCCCUGAGACAUUUGGUGCAGGGCAAGGCUGCACCACUGCUGCUGCUGCUGUUGCUGCUGUUGCUGCUACUCUAGGGCUUGGAUCUGUUUUUUUUCCUUUUCUUGGGGUGUUGCUGGGGUUAUUCAGGAGGCAGAGAGGAUCAGGGUGGUGUCGUGGAGCACCAGGCAGGUUCAUGAGGCAUCUGUUGCCCCUGGGCUGCUCUGGUUUAGGGCAAGUGAUUUCAAACCCCCCAACAUUGAUGUUUGCAUGGUGGGUUUUAUUCAUCAGGCUAUGCAGGGCUGGGCAGCAUGGCAGGGCUUGGAGCCUUCACAGAGAGACAUCAGAGUUUUCAUUCCUGCUCUCCCACAUGCACAGACAUGUUAGCAGGAUUUGUUUCCUGCAUUAGAAUGCAGAGGCUUAAUGAAAGCCUACACACUAUCUCUCUGCCUCCACCACUUCCCUCAACAUCCUGGGACUGGGUACUGGUGGCAUCUGCCAGUGGCCCUGCCAUCUCCUUGCAGCGGGGCAGGUGGUUGUGGCUGUCACCUCUACUUUUUUCUAUUGCAACUAAAUAGCCUUAAUCAAAGCCAAGAGUUGAAACCUCUGAAGGAACCUGAUGCCAUUUGGAGGGCUGUACUGAGGGCUGGGAUUUCCUCUCCUAGAGAGCACUGGUUCAAAGAGGCCAUGUUUUGGCCCUCCUGCAUAACACCAAGCCUUGCACAGGCAAAGGCAGCGAUCACCUCAAAAAGCAGCAGAGCCCUCCCAGGUCUGCUCUUGGAAAAGCAAUGUGGGGAGUCACAGGUGACUUCCAUAGUUCUCACAUUGGAAAAAGGGUCUGUUUAAGCCAACAGACUCUUCCUCAUCCCCACUUUCCUUGUCCCGGCACGGCUUUACUUUCCCUAGCAGUGCACAAACCUUGGGCAGGGCCUUCUACCUGAGCAGUACAAAUGCAAGCACAGACUCUGAGGAAGAGGAGGGAGAGGUGAGGGCUGGGUUCCCACGCGGACAUACUGGCUUUUUGGGAGACUGGGAGCUCCCAAGCAGCACUAGGUUUGAAGCUUGGCUGAGAUUUUGUGCCUUCUUUUCUUAAAAUAAAAAAAAAGCAAAAAUGAAAGAAAAAGGAGAUAAAAAUUACAAAAUCCCUUCUUCCCCCUCUACCGCACUGCAUCCAGAAUGUGUGCAAACUCCCCUGGUGGUGCAGGCAGGAGGUUACUCUGUGUGUGCACACAUUUCACUGGUGCAGUCCUGUUUCCUGCCUGUCUGCUCACUUUGCUGCUGGGUGGUAGGAUUGAUGGGGGAAGAAAAGUGGCUUUAGAAACCCUAAUGUGGGAAGAAAAAAAAACCCAAAACAAUCAAAGAAGAGCCAAGACACAUUCUCUCUGCUUUUGUAACAACCCCCGUGUGACAUUUACAGGAACACUGCCCUCAGCAGGCGCCCUCCUCUACUGGGAAAGCUCUUCUGGUUCCUACCCUCCAUAAGACUGUUUGCUCCUCUUUCUUUGUUCUUUCUAAUUGUAUAAAAUUCAAUAAAAUUUUAUUCAUAUAAAAAAAGGA